GACUUCCGUAAAUGGCGAAGCCGGCAGCACGCGGAUAAAACUAAGCUAAGACACCAUCCAACAGCUUUUGGCAUAUCAACACCCUGCUCAUUAAAGUGGCAACCGAAAAGAGCCAAUAACCACGUGCGUUACCCGCCCUCCCCCACUCCAGCCCUGGGCGCGCCCCUGCCACUGACCUCGCCUGGGGGCACGGCCACCGCGCGAUCAGCCGCCUCACGCCAGAAGCGCGCGAGACUUUCCCGCGCGAGGACUGUGUGUCUGAGGUCCCCUUCAACCGACCGGAUUACUAAGCAUCCUUUUCAACAUUUUAGUCGUCAAGCAGGAAAUCUCACUAAAAAUCGCCGUGUCAACAACACGUCAACACGCCGUGUCAACAUGCUGUGCAGACCGGAUCUAACGCGUACGGCGCCUCCUGGAAUGCUGUCACGUGCGUUAGAUAACGCACGUGCGUGGCGAGACGCCCAGCCAUCCAGUCAUGAAGAGCCGGCUGCAUGCGCCUCGAGCAAGUCCAUGCCGCGAUUGCCUCCUCAGGUCCAAGAAGAGAUGACUGAAGAGAAGUUAGCCACCCUCCCUCCGGAGCUGCUCGUCAAACACCCGUUACAGAACCCAUGGACUCUGUGGUACUACGAGAACGACAAGUCCAGGACCUGGGAACAGAACCAGGUGGAAAUCAUCACAGUCAACUCCGUGGAGGACUUCUGGUCGACCUACAACUACAUCGAGACCGCCUCCAACCUCAAGCACGGCACAGACUACUCGCUCUUCAAGCAGGGAGUCAAACCAAUGUGGGAAGACUCGAAGAACAGGAAUGGAGGACGGUGGCUCAUCUCGCUGGAUCGCUCGGACAAGCAGCGGCGGGAGCGACUGCUGGAUGUGUACUGGCUCGAUGUGAUGCUGCUGAUGAUCGGCGAGGGUUUCGGGGACGCCGGUGAGACCGUCUGCGGAGCGGUGGUCAAUAUCCGGAACAAGGGAGACAAGAUCGCCAUCUGGACUGGGGACGCCAAGCGGGCCGAGGAAAUCACCAAAAUCGGUCAGCGACUGAAGGAGGUGCUCAACAUCAACCCCAAGAUCACUAUCGGCUACCAGGCCCACUCCGACACCAUGGUGAAGUCUGGGAGCAUCGCCAAGAACCGCUAUGUCGUCUAACAGCGCCGUACGAGGCUGGGGAGGCGCCGCCGCCACUGGUGAUGAUGCUGCUGCUGAAGUUGCUGAGGUUGAUGAGGAUGUUGAAGUUGGUCAUGCUGAUGCCGUUGAUGCUGAUGCCGUUGAUGCAGUUGAAGCUGUUGAUGCGGGAGCUAGUGAUGCUGAAGUUGGUGAUGAUAAUGAUGCUGCCGGUUGAUGUUUGCGUCUGUCCAGCGCCGGUUGUGGCAGUCUGUUUACUACCUGGUUGAUCAACUGAUAAGCCUGGCGUAAGGCUGGAAAGCCCGACUACGACGACAGCUGAUAACUUUGUGGGUGAUAGAUCGGUCCGUGAUAGACUGCCAGAGCAAGGGAGCCUGUGGCGGGAAGGCAAUCAGUAGCAACAUCAGCAAUAGCAACGGCGACAUCAACAUGAACAGCAUUAGCAUCAACAAGAACUGCCAGCGUGUACGCUUGCUAAAUAUUACUCGCACGUUGUGGGGGUUUUGAAAGCCCUAUUGUGUCUGUGCAUAUCAGGCGUUCGCGGGUUUAAACGUCUCAACCUGGGGCGCUCGUUAGCAUAGACGGAAAACCGGCUGUUUCGUGUCAGAAGCCAUGGCAGAGACUGUCCUUGUUGGGCUUGAGAGCCCUCGAUUAUUACAUUGUGUCAUAUUUGAAAAAAGAGUCCGGGCAGCAAAAAAAGCAUCAACAAGAACAGCAUCAGCAACAACAUGAGCAUCAUCAACUUCAACAGCAGCAGCAGCAGCAGCGGCGGCGGCGGCGGCGGCGACCUCAUUCACCGCUCCACAGCAGUGUAUAGGCUGGGCGGCGCGGUGCCCCCAAAAGGGCUCUACGACGCGGUGCCCAAAGGGUUCUACGCUCGGAGCCCAAAAGGCAAGGUAAUGCAGUGGACCGGUCGCCGCAAAUGCUAAGGACAUUAAUGGGUUGGGAAGACUCGAUGUGACGGAGAGCGACGGUGGCGCCGUGCGGCGGCCGAUCGGCGAAACUGCUGCCUGUGAUAGUGACACGAGGGAGAGUGGUGGAGAAAGGGAGAGUGGUGAGAGGGAGUGGUGGAGAGUGAGGAGAGACAGAGGGAGCGAGUUAGCCGGCGAGAAGCGGCUCGUGUGAGAAAGCUGUGUAACACGCUCGGGCGAAAGUGGUGGCUGUUUCGAAGCCGGAGUAGCGCUUGUAAAGCGAGCGUUUCAUAAAGCAAGGCGUGUGGUGUGGAGUUGUGUUGGCCGCAGGCUAGCCAGCGUAUAAACGAGCGAGGGAAAGAGCUAAAAUCGUGACAAGGGAAAGAGAGAGGAGAGACUAGUGCGGCGUUUGUUGCGUUCUUGAGGCGUUUCGCCUCAAAACACGUGUGCUGUCUUCUCCAAGGUGUGUUCUUUGUGUAACCUGAAGUGAGAGCGCUGUAUAGACGAGAGCGAGAAAGAGGGUGGGAGGGACGGCCGGAGGGGCCCCGAAGAGGGGCUCGGAGGCCGCACUGCCUAGGCCGCCACCUGCCCCCGAAGUGGCGAAGCUAGCCACUUGGGCUCGUAGAACAUCCGCUGUGUAUGUAGCCUAUCAUUAUUGUUGCUGUGUUUAAUAAGUAUGUGAGUGUGUGAGUGAGUUUGAGGUUGUCCAUGUUGGUAAUUCUAAUAGAGAUAUGGUUACUUUGGAUCA